CAUCAUUCUAAACUUGUUACCAACUCGAUCAACAUCAUAUCUAUUCCACAUUCAAUCAACAUCCAUCCAACCAUGUCAGUCACUAAAUCAUCCGCCAAAGUCUCCUCUCGAUCGACGAAGUCGAACAAGGCCGUCAAGGGUUUUCUGACCCCGGGUCAACUGACCGAACUCAAAAAGGGCUCAAAGGUCAACAUCAUGGUCGGUGCCGACAACGACCGCUUCAUUGGCUUGGAGGGCGCUUCAGUGAACUUGCUCGCGCACUACUCCCCCUACGCCAAGCAGAAGAUUCUCAAGGACCACGCCUCUGCUCUUGUCAUCCCCAAUGGCUCCAAGACUUCCAUUGUGUGGAUCUACAAGUACAUGUUCGCUGGCGAGAAUGACUCUCAAGGUCUUAAACCCUUCAGCCAGCUUUCGGUCGAUGAACUUACCUCUCUCCACCACCAUUGCGCGUUCCUCGAGUACCAGCCUCUCAUGAACCGCAUCGUUGGUCGAUUGAAGAGCAUAUUCUGCGCCAUCCUCCCUUCCGUCGAGGAUUUCAGGAUCUUCGAAGUCGCUAUUCCCGACCUCUACACCCAGGUCAUCGACGUCCUGGCUUAUGAGAUGGUGAGCCCGGGAGCGUCUAACUGUACAUCUUACAUGUCGUAUGCUACGGUCGACAAGUCGUUUGGGGAUGCAUUAGUUCAAACUAUGCAGAAGGUCCUUGCCCAGCGCAAACCUCAGUUCAACCCCAACCGCUAUGUUCGGUGGGCAAAUGAUUACGGCAAGGGCCUUCCCACGUCUGAAUCUCCACGGGAAGAGCCAAGCACCUCUGAGGAGAUGAUGCCAUCAAAACCUCUGACAACCACUGAGUCCUCGACAAACAAAGACGCCCAAGAUGUGCCCGAGGUAGUGGACUACACUGCUCGUCCCCAGCGUGUGUCUUCUAAGUCACCGAGCGCUACUCCUUCCGCGGAGUCUGAAAGCCCCUCUCCCGAGCCAAAGAAGACUGCCAAUUGCUUCAAUUGUGGUGACGGGGGACACGUUUCUCGGCAGUGCACCGCAGAGAGCAAGAAGCAGCCUGUGAAGCAGCCGAUUCACUGCUAUAACUGCGGUGCUGGAGGUCACAUGUCUCGGAAUUGCACAAUGCCUCGUUUCCAGAAGUCUGGCCACGGCCGUAAAAAGAUCUUUCGUCGUGUUCAACGUGUGCCCGUCAUCGAGGUCUCGACCAACGGCGAGGGUCUCCGCACAUGUGACCGCGAGGUCAAGAAGGGGGAGAUGACGCGGACCGGUCUGGUUGUAUAGGAGGCUGGGUAGCCUCAUGGAUCUAGUUUGAGCAAUGUGACGGAAUACAAAUGACUAAGACAAAGAACUUGAAUAUUUUGAGAUCAAACGCUAGGUUUAGGAAUAUAC